GCUUGAUUAUACGAAAUAUAUAACCUCGUAUAUCUUUUCUUCGUCAAUUUUGUAUAUCAAUUAUAAAUGUAAAUAUAUUGAAUUUAUCUUUUUUGAUAUAACUAAUGUAAAUUUUGAAGAAGUGCCCCUCAAAGAAGGGAAAGUUUAGUUGAUAUUUUAACAUAAAAAUUAUAAAAUAGGAUUUAAAUUAUCAAUGUUGCACGAGACAAAACAUCGUUUGUUAAAUGCUUUUACUACCCACUGGAUAAAAUCUCAAUUAAAUAAAAUAUAUAACAGUUCAAGUUGUCGCAGUGCUAUGUCGACAGAUUCUUUAGUUAAAGGUGAUGAAAGUAUUACACGCGGAGAUAAAAGACCUAUGUUAGAUAAUGACGAUGAAAAUGGAAUUAAAAUACAAAAGACAGAAGCAGAGUCAGUGCAAAGGAUUAAAAGGAGGAACCAUGUUAUUAUGUUGGGAUAUCUUGGUAAAAAUUAUUAUGGGAUGCAAAGAAAUCCUGGUAUGAAAACUAUCGAGGAAGAUUUGGUUAAUGCUUUAUUGAAAGCAAACUUAAUAACCACUGAGCAAUUCGAAAAUUUACGUACAAUUAACUUUCAAAGAGCAGCACGUACAGACAAAGGAGUAUCAGCUGUUAGGCAAAUUGUCUCAUUGAAACUACCAGAGAAUCCAGAUAAAACGAUAAUUAAUCAAUUUUUACCUGAUGUAAUCAGAGUAUUUGGAAUAAAACGAGUGACAAAAGGUUUUAAUAGUAAGAAUCAAUGUGAUGCACGUACUUAUAGAUAUAUUAUUCCUUCUUUUACAUUUGCAAUGGAAGACCAGAGUUUGUUAAAAAUGGGAGAAGAAGUUGACAUAAAUGAGAGAAUUAAGCAGAUAUCAACUAUUGAUGGAGAACCGUAUAUUGAUUAUAGAUUAUCUAUAGAGUCAUUAAAUAGAUUAAAUUCAAUUUUAAAACUUUUUGAAGGUACUCAUAAUUUUCAUAAUUUUACAUCAAAAACGAAACCAUUAGAUCCAAGAGCACGCCGCUACAUCAUUAACUUCCAUUGUGUAGAUACUUUUGUUUCAAAGGGUAUAGAGUUUGUAGUGCUGGAAGUUAAGGGACAAAGUUUUAUGCUGCAUCAAAUCCGUAAAAUGGUUGCAACGGUAAUUGCAGUUGCAAGAAACAUCAUACCUGAAGAAACAAUCAAUGAGGCCUUUAAAACAGUCAAAAUGGAAAUACCAAUUGCACCAAGUUUAGGAUUAUGUUUAUGCCAUGUGCAUUAUGAUAAUUAUGCCAAGAGGUAUGGAACAGAUGGUAUGCAUGAGACUUUAGAUUGGAAGGAAUGUGAAGAGGAAGUAGAAAAGUUUCAAAAAGAAUAUAUUUUGCAAUAUAUAAUAGAUACUGAAAUCUCAGAAAACACGGCAUUAAAUUGGAUAGCGACACUUCCAGAAUAUUCAUUUAGUAAUAUAGAAGAACUUCCUGUGAAAAUUGAUGAAACCGAAGACGAUGAAUUGAUGAAACUGAAGACUAAUGAUGAAAAAGAAGAACCUGUGGAUAAUAAUAUGUAGAUAAUAUAUUAUAUCGAAAAUUUACCUUCUUUUUCUUUCUAUAACA